UCUAAUACCGGUCUUUCGUUCUAAUACCUCGUUCGUGUCUAUAAAGUAAACCCCUCAUAAAGCAUCGAGCCGAUGCGAGAGGCGUGAAGAAUCCCCGGGUACUGCGGUUUCCGCGGUGAAUGAGAGUGGUCGAGGAUCUUUAAAGUUUCACUCGUCUAGGGGAGAACGAUACGCCACCGGUAAUCAGUUUCAGUCAUUUUCUAUGCACUCGGGUGUCUCGACAGAUCAAGUGCUCCGAAACUGCGAAUCGACGCGAGUCGGGAAAAAUUGAGAAAAAAAAAAUAAUAAAACCCAAAUGCAGAUUCUCUAUGGAUGAUUGAAGCGAGAAACAGUGAAAAGAAAUUUGAAACGAUUAGAAACGGUGUAGAAUUUGAAGUAAGAAUAAUCCAAGAAUCGAUAUUUAUAUUUGGUGAGAAAAAAUAAUAUAAGCGAAAGAGUUGAAAAGGAGUCUAUAAUAUGGGAUUUUAAGUAACGAAGAAGGACUCGUCUGACGGGAAAAGUUUUUUAUAUUCGGGUCUCGCCUCUGAUAGAGGAUUCCCGAGUGGCCAUUUCUCACGGGCGAAUAGAGUCGUUUAAUUCUCGAGACGAGAGGACAGGGAUCCGGACCGCUUUUUAUGAUUCAGUACUGCGGAACAUCUUUUUCGGCCUCGCGCCGCUUUUAGCCGGACUGCGGAUGGAAAGAAGGUCGGACAAAGUGUAUACGAAAUUACUACGCGGAUUUUGACGAAUUUUUUUGGCCCCGAUAAAAUAUUUGUACGCGGCACUCCUUGAUAUUCCGCUCGGUGAAUUCAGACCCCUUUUCUUAAUCCUCGAGAGUUCGCGAAACGAGGUCGCGUGUGUUCGACGGAUACAAAAUACCAAAACACUGGUGGCUCCUGUAAUAUUCAAAAGGAUCGGUCGAAGAGAACGCCAACCUUGGGAGCAACAAGACGGACCUUUAGUCGUCGCUAUCCACUCGCUGGCGUACAAGGAAAUCGAGGGAAAAGGAAAUUGUAUAUUCCCGGAGAAUUUUUCUCUUAUACACAAGCAAAAUAUGCAAGAGGGGAUUUAAUCAAAAUAUGCAUAAUUAUAUAUAUAUAUAUAUAUACAUAAAUAUAUAUAUAGCUAAGAAUAUUAAGAAAAUUAAAGGAACUGAGUAAGAGCGCGAGAGGUAAAUUAAGACAAGAUCUUUGGAAGAUAAAUAUUUCUUUCAAGAGCCAUAUAAAUAUAAAAGGACAGACUAAAAGGAAGGUAAUAAGUACACCGGAAGUAAUUAUGCUCUAAGUAAAACGGAGAAAAUACAAAUAGACGGAGAAGAGGAAGUCACUUAUGUAUAUAAAAGCGGUGCGCAAUCGUAACAACUAAGAGGGUAUAUUAAUCCGCGAUAUAAAAACGGACGUACCGUAUAUUUCAGACGUCUAAGGGCGAUCCACUCUCACACACACACACACACAGAGAAGAUCUCGUUAACGAGUCGGGGCAGAAGGAGAACUCGCUGCACAAAGGAGAGUGGCACGCGAGCGCAGGAAUGCAGGCGUAUCACGAUGAAUUUUACAGAGCCCUCUGCUCGUCGGAGACCCUGCGCUCCGGCAAGAAGGGAUUCUUCCACGAUUUCAGCGAGUCCGUGACGCGAACCGCGGGCGAUACCUGGACGUCGAGGAUAUUCGGCCGAAUCGAUGACGACGCAGGGCGAGUGAGGGCGGUCUUCGGCGAUGCGAGAAUACGGGACGUUGUGGUCGACACGCUCGCAAAGGUGAAGCCCCUUUUCAGGGACAAGGAUGCCGACAUUUCGAAACGCAGACGACUCGAGGGAUACCAACUCGCCGCCGUCGGCCAAUACGACAAGGCCCUUUUGCUGUUCAGUCAGGCCGUCCUGCGUGCUCCUCAACUAGAUGAGAACAAGACGGUCGAUCAGGGUAUGUCGUUGCCCCUGGCGCUGCUGGGAAGAGCCGAGGUCUUUAUGGCCCUCAAAGAACACCAUUUCGCGUUGGAGGAUCUACGACUGGCCGCCGAAUAUGACCUGCCAGAUAAAUCGAUGCAGGAGCUUCGACAAAGAAGGGAAGAAUGCGAAAGUUUCCUGAGAGCCAACGAGAAAUCUCUGAUGCCCCUCGAUCCCGAAAAUAAAAUCGACGAGGCGACUCGAUUGAUCUUGAACAAGCAGAAAGACGAUGGCGCGGCGUUAAAUAGCGCCGUUAAUUCCGAGCCCCGGAGCUGGUCGUCCAGCGCCCUGGAGAUCCGUGAGACCGCGUUAGAGGGUAAACACGCCGUCGCAGCCACGGAGAUACAUCCGGGCGAUACUCUGAUAGUCGAGCCACCGCUGGCGGGCUGUCUCCUACCCGAGUUCUACGGCACCCAUUGUCAGCAUUGUUACGCGAGACUGAAAGCGCCGAUCGGAUGCCCGAAUUGCAGCUGCGUCGCUUUCUGCGGGAGAAAAUGCAGAGACAUCGCGAUGGCGACGUAUCACAAGUACGAAUGCAAAAUACUCGCAUUGCUAAUAGGCUCCGGCAUGAGCGUACUCAGCAUGGUCGCCUUUCGAAUGGUGACGCAGGAGGGUCUGCGGAAGUGUUUGAAGAUCUACGAGAAGUUGGAGAAGAGUGGCAGCGAAAAGGCCGCGACACCUUUGACGACGACGACGUCCUCGUCGGAGACGCCCGAUGCAAAAUCCUCGGCAAACAGCCGCUCGGCCAGGAGAAGACUCAGACGGAGGAAGCUGCAGGAAUCCAGACGAGGCGAGUGCGGAAUCGAGUCGAAGAGCGAAGAAACGGAGGAGGACACAAAGGAGUCCCACGAGAGCGACGCGACAGCGUACAAUCUGGUGACGCACGCGAACAAACGCACGGAGAAAGACUUCCUGGAGAGAACGCUGAUGGCGGCCUUCCUGCUCAGAUGCCUGCAGAGAGUCGGCUUCUUCGCAAGUCCCACGUCCGACGACGAGGUCCCGGGCGCCGAGGAGAUCAUCGUGGCCGCGCUGCUGCUGAGGAACCUGCAGCUGCUACAAUUCAACGCCCACGAGUUCUUCGAGACGCGACUGAGCGCGGAGCAUCGAUUCCGCGGCAGCCGUCCGGUCUACCUCGGGGUGGCGAUUUAUCCCACGGUCGCACGUUUCAAUCACGACUGCUAUCCCGCGGUGACGAGAUAUUUCGUCGGACGACAUAUAGUAAUAAGGGCAGUUCGCGGUUUACGGGCCGGCGACGUUAUUGCCGAAAACUACGGGCCGAUAUUCACGAAGAUGACGCUUGCCCAGCGUCAAAGGACACUUUGGGGAAGGUAUUGGUUUCGAUGCACAUGCAGGGCCUGCCAAGAGGACUGGCCGCACUUUGAGAAUCUGACGAACGAUUCCGUCAGGUUGAGGUGUCCUACGGCAGGAUGCAGCAGACUGCAUUCGCGAGCGCAGCAACCGAUAAAAUGCCCGGGUUGUCGGAAGAAGAUCUGCUUGGAGGAGCGACUCGCGUGUCUGCAAGAGUGCGAGACGCUCUACACCCGCGGAUUGGCCAGCAUGGAGGACGAGAGGGUCGAUGAAGCGAUCGAGACGCUGCGCGCCGCCUUGAAGAGAUUUCACCAAAUCGCCUGUCCACCGCAUCGGGACACACACCUGGCCGAAAUUGCUUUAAGCUCCUGUCUGAUUGACCGCGGGAAUACUUGGAGACCAGCGGUGCUUUGAAGAAAAAAAAGAAGAAGAAGAAGAAGAGGAGAAGAAGAAGAAGAAAGCUGGGUGACCGCGUGGCAGCGAGCGUGUCCUUCGAAUAAAGGACGAGGGUGUUUGUAAUCCCUUAGCGUACAGGCACCCUGUGGUCGGAACAAUUUACUCGUAGCACAUUGUGAUAUUUUGUGUAAAGACAUAUAUUCGGCUAAUAGUCUCAAUCAUUUUUCAGACAAAAAGUAUCCCUGUACUAAUUAUAUUACAUUACAAAUGGAUUUCGAUUAAAUCAUCUUUUUUAUA